AUGGAGGUGGUCCCUAAUCCAAAUGCAACCACUGGAGAAAUGUGUCUGAAAAAAAGUAAAAUCAAACCAAGUGAUGAUGCUCCUACCGCUGAUGCAGGCAUGGAUACAAAAAAUUUGAUCUUUCGCUUGGAGCAGCGUGAUGCAUAUCGUCUGAUUUUGGAUAUGAAACUUGCUCCUCAUUUCCCUGAAGCUAGGCCUCCUGAACCUCGGUUUACUGCUGCUCAAUGGAGUCCAGCUUGCAUGUAUCAAGACCAUAGGUGCAUUAUUGCCACAUUAACAUGUACAGGAUGCCUGAAACUGUAUGUACCUUAUUUCAAUUGUUGGGUGGAAGUGACAGACAUAUCACAGUUUUGGGUAAAGAACUGCAAAGCACAGUGGACUGACAAAGUAGAUGAGAUGAGUUCUGCUGCAGAGUUUGCCACAUUACAGAAGCGAACUUCCCAAUUGAAAAUUACAGGCAUGGUGUGGGGGAAUAUGAUUAAAUUGGAACAGGAAAGAUAUUCCUUUAUAGCUACAAUAUCUCACUAUGGAACAUUGGCUUUGUGGAAAGUUAAUCACUUACCAGAUUUAGGCAUUCCUGCUCAAAAUUAUUAUCCUCAAUUAUUAACCACAUGUGAAACAAAUAUGUAUAAUGCUAGCUCUUUGCAUUGGAUGCAGUGGUAUGAAAAACAGAUUUCAGUUAUUGUUGGAGAUUCGAAUGGAUGUGUGACUGCUGUUACUUUCUCUUUUGAUGAUUUUAAUGAAUCUGUAUCAGUACUAAACAUGCAACAAAUAUGGAAGGAGAAAGAUCGUAUGAAAGUAUCUGGCAUUAAAAGCCUGACACAUUCUUCUAUCUGCGAUGUUAAACAGAGAAUAUUAGGUGUAACUAAAAAUAGUUUUCUGUUAAUAUUUUUAAUCACACAAGAAGAGGUUGCAUCCUAUUGUCAUUAUCAUCUUGGAGGCCUUCCUUUGACAGGUUUGGAAGUGUAUAAUGAUGAUUCAUUUAUUGUUUGUUCACUCUCUGGUGUUCUAUGUAAAUAUCAUGUAAGAGUUGAAAAAACAAAAGAGAAUUACAAGCUAUUGACAUCUAAAAAUAUCCUAAAGACCAAUUUAUCAUGGCAAGAUAUGGCAUGCUUUGGUAUAUCUAAAAAUUAUAAUAAUGGCUUGUGGACUCUCCUAUGUAAAAUGUAUGACCAUUUAGUCAAGCGGAGACCAUCCCAAGUUGUGUUUUGUACUAUAAGUGAAGGUGGGGAUGAUAUAAAGGAUUCUAUUAAUGAAUUACCUACAAAAAUUGCUUCUUCUAAACUGCGUUUUAAUUGGGAGAGUCUUGAAGUUUUUAGGAUGAACUACUUAAAGGAACUGAAAGCAUCACCUGCAAAAGAGAUUCAAUUUCAAAAUGACCUUGAGAACAUGUCCACUACUGAAUUGCAGAUGGAGCUUUGGCGAUCAAGAAUUUUGGUCACACAUUUAAUUAUGACAGAUACAGUAGUUGGAAAUCCAGAAGCUUGUGCGUACGUUACAUUAUUGGAAGAACUGAUCUUAUGCCGCCAUGCAUGCAAAUAUAUUCACUCCCUUCUGGAGAGAAAUAAAACAGAGCCUUUGGAUCAAAAAGGGCUCUACAAACUAGGCCUGUUACGUUUGUGGCUCGAAACUUGGUUAUCACAUAACAAACCAGGAAAAACUGAUAAGAACAGUGAGUCCAAAAUUGCUGAUUUUUCAAAUAAUGAUGUACCUGAUGUUUCAAAUGACAGUGUGAAGACUAUUAAUGAUUCCAUUAUGAAAAUGGAAAAUAAUUUUGAAAUGGACACUUCUGAAGAUGCACAAAUUGAUGCACCAUCCAGUUUAAGGGGAUCUGUUGUGUACAUGAAUGACAAUGAUGCAGCUUCUGUGGCAUCUUUUGAUGAUGCAAUUAGCACCGAUAGUAAUAGUAGUUCUGUUGUUUCUGAAAAGGAUGUUAUUUCAAAGAGAUUGCAAAUUCAGCAAGGAAGAGUACCUGCCAAUUUUUUGAAAAUAAAACUGGUUGCUACGAGUGAACAGGUCAUAAGCACCCUUGCAUUGCCUAUUGUACCUGGAACUUUAGAGAAAGAACAGUAUUGUGAUCUUGAGCCUUUCUGUACGUUUUGUGACUCGCCCCUCUUUGUGGAUGAAAAGUUCAAGAAGCCUGGAUUUAUACCACGUCCACAGGAACAAACUGAUGAAGAGGGUGAAGACGAGUCAGAAGAGAAGAGUGAAGACAAGUCAGAUGAGAAGGUUGAAGACAAGUCAGAUGAGAAGGUUGAAGACAAGUCAGAUGAGAAGGUUGAAAACAAGUCAGAUGAGAAGGUUGAAGACAAGUCAGAUGAGAAAGUUGAAGACAAGUCAGAAGAAAAGGUUGAAGACAAGCCAGAUGGGAAGAUUCAAGACAAUUCAGAAGAGAAGGUUCAAGACAAGUCAGAAGAAAAGGCCAAAGGGAAGAUAGAAGAGAAGGCCAAAGGCAAGUCAGUAGAGAAGACCAAAGGCAAGUCAUCAGAAGAAAAGGCCAAAGGCAAGUCAGAAGAAAAGGCCAAAGGCAAGUCAGAAGAGAAGACCAAAGGCAAGUCAGAAGAGAAGGCCAAAAGCAAGUCUGAAAAGAAGGCCAAAGACAAGACAGAAAAGAAGGUCAAAGGCAAGUCAGAAGAGAAGAUCAAGGAUAAGUCAGAAGAAAAGGCCACAGACAAAUCAAAAGAGAAGGCUGAAGACAAGUUAGAAAAGAUGGUCAAAGCUAAGUCAGGAGGGAAUGGUGAGAAAAUAAAAGAAAAGACAAAAGAAGGAAAAAAUGAACAGAAAACAGAAGAACAAAUGGAAUGUGAAGAAAGUAUUUGUGUAACAACUGAAAAUCUUUCUGCAAUUUCUGAUGUUCCAAUGGAUACUGAUAUUUGAAAUAUUAGAAAAUGUAAAGAAAUGUAAAAUAAUGGCGAAAAUAAAAUAAAAAAAUAAAAAAAAGGUAAAGUAGUGUCGUUAAUUAUUGUAAUAAUGAAUUAAAACAAAAGCCGUUAAUUGGCCAGUCUAUUUAUUUUUUUAUCUUAUUUAGUCAAUUUAAAAUGAAAUAAAUGGAUUUGGGAAUAUAUGAAAACACAAUAAUAAUACAAGAAU